AUGAGUGUCUCUUUCAUUAAUUUUUAUAAUGCAGUAAUAUCCCUGGAAAAAAUGGACUUAUUGAUAUCCGGUACCUUUAUAUCGGUAGAGUUAUAUUAUGUAUUUCUGGGAAAUUAUGUUGGACAAGACGUCAUAGAUAGCAGCAUUAGCAUUUGUCAAGCAACAUAUAAUGCACACUGGUAUGCUGCGCCAUUAUGUAUGCAAAAACUGAUACUAUUUAUAAUGCAAAGAAGUUACAGGAAGAGUGCUUUAACGGCUGGAGGUUUAUUUGAUGCGUCAUUAGAAGGUUUCGCUAAGCUUAUGAGUAUGUCUAUAUCCUACGUUAUGGUCCUUCAAUCCAUGGGAGUACACAAAGAAAGCCAUGAAAAGCAUAAUAGUCAUGUUUAA